AAAAACUGGGGGGGCAAGUCCGCAGGAAAGCUUUUGGAUAUUUCACCGGAGUAAGCAUCUUUGCUUUCAUUUAUUGGUUUUGAUUUUAUCGAAUCAUAGCCUUCUCAAUAAGGCGGUAGCCAUCAAGGACAGCUCUUUGAUAUUUCACCGGAUGGUUGGGUGCAUGCUGUACUGGCAUUAGAAUCAUUUCAAUUCUCAUAGUAGAUGAGGGAAUAAGAAAGACAUUUUUUGGUCUGUCAGAAUCUUGAGAAGGAUUUGUUGCAGGACUCCUUUGAGCAUUAUAUACAACGUGAUUGAAGUGGAGAAUUUUGCUUGAUUUCUUAGCAAGUGCGGCCAUCGUGAGUACAUUGAGAAUUGUUAGCUAAAAGACUUGGGAGCAUGAGGAUUGUGGACUGAUCUUCUUAGAGAGAUUAAGCAAUACAUCAUGAAGUAAUUUUUCCUUACAUCUGAAGAACGAAACUAAGAGUACCGUUCUAUAAAAUACGGCAGAGAUGUUCUCAUUGCUUUAUGGACUUUGGAAGCAUCUAUAUAGCAAGACAGAGUUUCAUGUACUCAUUCUUGGAAUUGACAAGGCUGGGAAAACAACUCUGUUGGAGAAAUUGAAGUCUACAUACUCAAAUUCUGAAGGCCUUCCCCCUGAUCGAAUUGUUCCAACUGUGGGACUCAAUAUCGGUCGUAUUGAAGCGUCCAAUAACAAACUUGUUUUCUGGGACCUGGGAGGUCAGCCUGGUCUGCGGUCAAUUUGGGAGAAAUACUAUGAAGAAGCGCAUGCUGUGAUCUAUGUGAUAGAUGCUGCAUGCCCCUCACGUUUUGAAGAUGCGAAAUCUGCACUGGAAAAGGCACUUCGGCAUGAAGAUUUGCAAGGAGCCCCUCUUUUGAUAUUGGCAAACAAGCAGGAUCUUUCUGAUUCUGUAUCAGCUGAAGAACUUGCUCGAUAUCUAGAUCUCAAGAAGUUGGAUGAAAGGGUCUACAUGUUUGAAGCUGUCUCAGCAUAUGAUGGGAUGGGGAUUAAAGAGAGUGUUGGAUGGCUGGUGGAGGUAAUGGAGAGAAGCAAGAGAACUGAAAUGCUAAGAGUUCGAGCGGGCAUAAAUGGCUCGUUGUCUGCCUAGGAGAAACUAUACCAAGUUGCAACUUUUUGGCCUGCUUUCAUAGUUUUGCAAAUACACGGGGGUUUACAUCUAUACAUUAUUCAACAUUUUAAAUUUAUUCCAUUGUCCACCCACUCCUGAAUCUGAUUAGGUCUUGAGUGAUGAGAAAUUCAAAUUUUGCUUCUGUUUUCCCCCUCC